CAAAGAAGAAAAUAAACGGGGGGGAAGCGUUUUGCAGCAUCAGUUCAGUGUUUUGUUGUGGCGUGUUGGGUUCGUAAUGAUUUUAGUGCGGUAAACACAGUGAAAAAAAGCGUCUAAAAUGACCACGUUACUAAUUUCGGCGACCGAGUUGUCGAAUAUUUUUUCGGUACUUGCUGUGCUGUUGUGUUUUUGUGCUAUGAUUUUGUUUAUCACAAGGAACAUGAUGGUCCUUAGGGUUCAUGGAGAUGAUUUCGUAUUUCCUUCAUCCUUACACCAAGUUUCACCAAGAAUUCCACAAAUGAACAUGAUGAAAGUACAUAUUCCAUUUACAUUUAAAUUAUUGGAAACCUCAAAAUCUUCGUACGCAGAUUUACAAUGUAGUAUGUCGAGUCAAGUAAAUUAUUGCGUAUACGCUUUUUGGGGUGUAAAUAUUAGGCAACUUCACAUUUUUCUAUGGAGACCCUGGUCAGACCUUAAGGAUGCCUGUAUGAGAGGAGACUUUCUUAAAGGAUACUACCAAUAUGCUGGAAUACAGUUCUCAAAAUCAUCACAUUCGGAUCAAACGAUAACGUUAAAGUUACCGGCGCCCUCUCUCGACCUUGGAACGCCUCCACGGCUUUGUUACCCCUUGGUCAUCAUUCUUGUCAAGAACAACACAGUGGAUAACGUCCAUCCCGACGAAACCGUCGCCCUUAUAAACGUCGUCCAUAUCAAGGACUCCGUAUGCACGUUACCAACAAGUAUACUGGCUCAGUACCUCAAACAAGCCAACGGACAACUUUCCUGUCUCAAACAAUUAUAUCUCGCGACGGGAAAUCCAGGUGGUUACGAGGAGGGAACGAUCCCGUUGGCGGUGGCCGAGCCGGUCGAAGGCGGCCCCGGUCCGAUUGGACGCACCCUGGUAUGUCCAACCAAUGAGGACUCGCCGUUGUGGAACACUUCUGGCGAGCAGCUGUGCGUCGUUUGUCAAUUUUUUCCUCUCUCCAGGGCGCUGUUGCCGUGCAGGCACACUUGUAUUUGCGCCAGUUGUUUCGACAAACUGGAAAGAUGCCCGAUGUGCCGAGGACCCAUAAAAAGUUAUUUCUGCAUUCGGGGCGAAGAAUACAUGCCUAUACAGUCGAGCCCGAAAACAGCGCCUCCUCACGGCCCGAUUUAUAAUUGGCUCGACAGUUGGAACGACCGACUCACAGAUUUCUUGGGUUUCCAAAGAUAAUGUAAAUUAAACAACGAUGCUGCAUAACUUUU